AUGCCUCUCCAUUUCCGAUUAAGGCGUUGUGCUCUCGAUUCCUUUUCGUAUCUUCGGUGUCUCUGCCUCUUCUUUCAUCUCCUCGGUCCUCCUCUACCCCACUUUGUAUUAUACGGUGGAUUAGCCCCUGUUUCUUUCUACUUCGAAGCUGAAUCCAUUGGAAGCUUACUUCAAAGGAAGAAUAUUGUAGCUUACGACUUUUUUUCUUCCUCGUGGUUAUCAAAGAAUGGCGUGACAAUGCUUGUAUUCCAGACAAAGAUGGGUGAAGACAUAUCUGGAGGAGACGGAAUGAGGAUUAGCAAAAUGAUGUAUUAUACUAUUAUAGAGGGAUUGGAUGAAUCGAUCCAAGAUGUUGCCUUAAGAGAAAAAAUGGAAGAGGUCGGUGUAUCAGCUGCUGUUGAGGUGGUGAAGUUUUAUUAAGAAAAAGGGGUUUCUCCGAAUAUCGAGAUGAAUGUGCAUACUUUCUUGGUCAACAGAGAGAGCCAUCGAUUACAUGAAUUCAUUAGAAAUGUAUUACGUAUAAUAUAUUUUCUUUGGUUAAUUUUCUUAAUUGUUUGCUACUGG